CCCCAACCCCUCAGUGUCUAUAAAUUAAGUGUCACUCCCUCCCAUUCGCUUCACACACCACCUGCUCCUCCUUCCUUUGACUCUCCUCAAUAUCAGAGAAAAUGGCUUUCAUUGGGUUGCUCUUGAUGGGUUUUCUCUCAAUGUUCUCCUCUGCUCAUGCAUAUGGUGGAGGGUGGACUAAUGCUCAUGCCACUUUCUAUGGGGGGAGUGAUGCAUCAGGGACAAUGGGUGGGGCAUGUGGGUAUGGGAACCUCUACAGCCAAGGGUAUGGAACAAACACUGCUGCUCUGAGUACAGCACUUUUCAACAAUGGCUUGAGCUGUGGCUCUUGCUUUGAGAUUAGGUGUGCCAAUGACCACAAGUGGUGCCUCCCAGGCUCCAUUUUGGUCACUGCCACCAAUUUUUGUCCACCAAACAAUGCCUUACCAAACAAUGCUGGUGGCUGGUGCAACCCUCCUCUUCAACACUUUGAUCUCGCUCAGCCUGUCUUCCUACGCAUUGCUCAAUACAGAGCUGGAAUUGUCCCUGUGUCCUACAGGAGGGUGCCCUGCAGGAGAAGGGGAGGGAUCAGGUUCACCGUCAAUGGACAUUCCUACUUCAACCUUGUUCUCAUAACAAACGUUGGUGGUGCUGGUGAUGUUCAUUCUGUGGCAAUCAAAGGGUCCAGAACUGGUUGGACCCCAAUGUCAAGGAAUUGGGGUCAAAACUGGCAGAACAACAACUAUCUGAAUGGUCAAAGCCUGUCCUUUAAGGUUACCACAAGUGAUGGCCGAACUGUGGUGUCCAACAAUGUUGCCCCAGCUGGUUGGUCCUUUGGCCAAACCUACACUGGUGCUCAAUUUCACUAGAUCUUGUCCAAGUUCAUGUCACACCCAUACAAAUUCUAUAUAGUAUAAAUAUUAGUAUGUUAUGAGGCUUCAAUUCAAGUACGACUCGUUAGUAUACUAGGGUAUUAGAUAGUAUGCUACUAGGUAAGGGGUCAGUUUUUGGAAUUUUAGAGGUCAGGGAAGAAGGGCAUGUUUUAAAUUGCACCUUCAUUUUGUUGUGUCAACAGGUGGGGACCAAGUGUUAGGCCCCUCUUGAUUAAUUAAUGGGGUUUUCUUUUUUUCACUUUUUUCUGAAGUUUUUUGAACUUUCUGCAUCUAAAUUAAUGGAAGAUGUAGAAGGUGGAUUUUUCAUAUUUUUAUGGGUGAAUUACUAGAUUGGAAGUGGUGGACUUUGUGACCACCCGCCAAUUAGUAUUGGGAUGGUGUCUGUUUUUUCUUUGUUUGUUGGGAGUUUUAUGUGUGUUGUUUGCUACUGAUCCUUUGUAAUCAGCCUUGGCUGUGUAUGUCUUAGGUUGUGUUGGAGAAGGAAAAUGUAAAUUUUCCCAAUGGAAUCUUUCAGUAAUUGAUAGUAGUACCUCAGCUUAUUUUCA